AUGUUGCUGUUGGGGUUAUUGUUAUCCGGGCUUGGAGUAGCAAUGAGCAGUCAAUGCGAAAAGGAUCUGCCAGAUGGUGAGUUUUUCAGCUAUGGAGAGAGUUUUAAGGAAGUUCCUAGUCCAUCAGAUUGGUAUAAUAAAUGGGAGCUAUGUGGCGGUAACCGCCAAUCUCCGAUCGACAUCGACACGACUCGGGUGACGAACAGACGGUUCCGAACUUUGAGAAUAGAAUUCGACAACCCUGAAGGCCUGGUUGAAGGGGAACUGAAAAACAAUGGAAACUAUCCCUCUUUUACUGUAGAUAAGGACAAGGGAACAGCUAGACUUAAAGGGAGUCGGCUCACAGAUAUCUACCGAUUGGUAGGGUUCCAUGUGCAUUUCGGAUGUGAAAACGGCGAGGGAUCUGAACACACACGUAAUGGCAAAAGUUAUCCUGGCGAGGUUCAUUUUCUAUUUGAAGACAAAAAUGGACAAUACGCAGUGGUAGCCUUUUGGCUCAGGGUAUCUAUAGCUACGAGAGGUAACAAGAUUUUGAGAAGAUUUGCAAAUCAGCUGAACAAGAUCAUCGAUGUUGAUGAGUCUACUACAGUUAAGAAGUCGGUCCGAAUUAAACUGAUAUAUCUUAUACCCCACAAAAUUAAUGAACAAAAAGCCUUGAUAUUAGCAGACUAUUACCACUACACUGGCUCCCUAACCACCCCUCCCUGCUGCGAAAACGUGUUGUGGUUUAUCUUGAAACCAAGAGUUCGUAUCACGGACUAUCAGUUGUCGCAGUUCAGGGUGUUGAAAGGUCGUUAUCCCAAGGAUCCCCCUGCCAUGUGUGACAACUACAGACCACUUCAGCCGCGGAAUGGCCGUACUGUUUAUUCCGUUAAAAACGUAAAGUAA